AUGAGAUUAGGAUAUAAUGAAAUAAUGAUAACAUCAAUGUAUUUUAAUGAUAUUAAUGAUUUUAUUAAUUUAGAAAUAGGAGUUAAAAGAUUUCAAGGAAAUAUUGAACGAUUUCAUUUUAAUCCAAUUCCUUUAAAUGAAUAUUCAAGAAAAUUGUUUCCUAAUAUUGAAACAUUUCAUAUUUAUAAUAAAUAUGAUAAAAUAUUUAAUGAUGGAAGAAUAUUUAAACAAGUAAUAUGGUAUUUAGUAAAUUAUUCAACAUAUUUAAAAGAGAAAGAAGCAGGAAAUUCAUGUAAAAAUAUAGAAUAUACAAAAGAAGAUAGAAAUAAAUAUGGAAAUACAAUACCACCAGAAGUUAAAUCACUUAGGUGUAAUUGUUUUAGAUACUGUGAUUCAUUGACAACAAUUAAUAUACCAACAUCAAUUAGUAAAAUAGGACAUUUUUGUUUUAAUAGAUGUACAUCAUUAACAACAAUUAAUAUACCAUCAUCAAUUAAUGAAAUAGGAGAUGCAUGUUUUAGAGAUUGUUAUUCAUUAACAUCAAUUAAUAUACCAUCAUCAAUAAGUAAAAUAGGAAAUUGUUGUUUUGGUAAUUGUUCAUCAUUAACAACAAUUAAUAUACCAUCAUCAAUUAGUAAAAUAGAAAAUAGUUGUUUUUAUGGAUGUGAGUCAUUAAAAUCAAUUAAUAUAGAAAAUCUACAAUUUAUUAGUGAAGAAAGAAUAUUUAUGAAUGAACCAGUGUUAGUUAGUAUUAAAAUACCAGAUACUCUAGAAAUAAUCAAUGAAAAGAAUAUUGAAAAUAAAGAUAUUAAUGAAUUUAUUAUUC